GAACCAGCGGAGAAUUAUAAGUUGCAGUCACAAUAUUGACAAACUUUUUGCUUCGCACAUUUCACACACAAAAACCCUCAUACAUAUCGCCGAUACAAAUUACAGUUACCAACACACUGAGUGUGUGUGUGUGUGUGUGUGAAAUAGAUACAGAUUUUGCCCUAACACACACUCGUCUCUCUCGUCAUGACGUCCUUAAACAGUUCAUCCUUCGUGAAGAACUCCAUUUCUGGAGUUUCAAGGACGCAAGGGCAGUCGUUGAGGCUGUCGGUGAGGCGUCCUAUGGUGGUAGCUAUGGUGCAUUCUAAUGGUCGACCGGAGAGGAACGUUGGUGUGUCGGUGGAUAGCGCUGUUAAGGAUGUGAAUGCUCCGGUGGCUGUUGAAGUCGCCGAUUCUGAUAGUGCGAAGCCGACUGCGGCUGUUGGUGGUGGUGUUGAAGACGUCUAUGGAGAGGAUACCGCCACUGAGGACCAUUUCAUCACUCCUUGGUCUGUUUCUGUUGCUAGUGGAUAUUCAUUGUUGCGGGACCCACAUCACAACAAAGGUCUUGCCUUCACUGAGAAAGAGAGAGAUGCUCAUUAUUUACGUGGUCUUCUUCCUCCAGUUGUUGUCAAUCACGAUCUUCAGGUAAAAAAGAUGAUGCAUAAUAUCCGUCAAUAUGAAAUACCACUACAAAGGUACCAAGCCAUGAUGGAUCUUCAGGAGAAAAAUGAGAGACUGUUCUACAAGCUAUUAAUUGAAAAUGUUGAGGAGCUUCUCCCAAUUGUAUACACACCAACCGUUGGUGAAGCAUGCCAAAAAUACGGGACCAUCUUCAAGAACCCGCAGGGUCUAUAUAUUAGUUUGAAAGACAAGGGAAAAGUCCUUGAGAUAUUGAAGAAUUGGCCUCAGAAAAAAAUCCAAGUUAUAGUUGUUACCGAUGGUGAGCGAAUCUUAGGCUUAGGAGACCUUGGUUGCCAGGGAAUGGGCAUACCUGUGGGAAAGCUCUCUCUCUAUACAGCUCUUGGAGGAAUUCGUCCUUCAGCCUGCUUGCCAAUAACCAUUGAUGUCGGGACCAAUAACGAGAAGAUGUUGAACGAUGAAUUCUACAUUGGUCUAAGGCAAAGGAGGGCGAGUGGGAAGGAGUAUGCUGAACUUAUGAACGAAUUCAUGUCCGCUGUCAAGCAGAAUUAUGGUGAAAAGGUCCUCAUUCAGUUUGAAGAUUUUGCAAACCACAACGCCUUUGAUCUUCUUGAAAAAUAUAGAACCACCCAUCUUGUUUUUAACGACGAUAUACAGGGGACAGCAUCAGUGGUGCUUGCAGGGCUUAUUUCUGCACUAAAAUUAGUUGGUGGAUCCUUGGCAGAUCAUAAAUUUCUAUUCCUUGGAGCUGGAGAGGCUGGCACAGGCAUUGCUGAACUCAUAGCUCUCGAAAUAUCAAAGCAGACAAACGCUCCAUUAGAAGAGACCCGGAAGAAGAUUUGGCUUGUGGACUCGAAGGGUUUGAUUGUUAGUUCACGCGUAGAUUCACUUCAGCAUUUUAAGAAGCCUUGGGCCCAUGAUCAUGAACCUGUUCAUGAAUUCUUGGAUUCCGUCAAGUCAAUCAAGCCAACGGUGUUGAUUGGAUCAUCAGGGGCAGGACAGACUUUUACUAAAGAAGUUGUUGAAGCUAUGUCGUCUUUUAAUGAGAAACCCAUUAUUCUUGCUCUUUCCAACCCGACUUCACAAUCCGAAUGCACUGCUGAGCAAGCUUACACGUGGAGUGAGGGUCGUGCAAUCUUUGCGAGUGGUAGUCCCUUUGCUCCUGUUGACUAUAAUGGAAAGAACUAUGUAUCUGGCCAGUCCAACAAUGCAUAUAUCUUCCCCGGAUUUGGUCUGGGCCUGAUAAUUUCUGGUGCAAUCCGUGUUCAUGAUGACAUGCUUUUAGCAGCCUCUGAGGCUCUAGCUGAACAAGUUACACCGGAACAUUUCGCCAACGGGUUAAUAUACCCACCAUUCACCAACAUCCGCAAGAUUUCCGCUCACAUUGCGGCCAGGGUGGCAGCCAAAGCAUAUGAACUCGGUUUGGCGACUCGUCUUCCCCAACCCGAAGACCUUGUAGCAUAUGCGGAGAGCUGCAUGUACAGCCCCAAAUACCGCAACUAUCGUUAAGUUUUGUGAUAAUAUAGCACUGAAUCUGGUACUGUUAGCACAGCUAUUUUCGAGGUUAUUUUGGUACUUUGUUAGGUGUGUGUUGUAAUAAUAGGCACAAUGUGUGUGUGUUUGUUCGUUAACACAAGUUAUAAGUGAAAUUGCAAUUCUUUGCAGACUUAUAAUCACCAAUCAAGAAAAAAAAAUGUGUAAAUUGUAUAGGUAUGGUAAUGUGUGGUAAUGGCUCGAAUCCGGAUUGUAAAAACAAAUUCUAUAUUAUGUCACAUACUUGUGAGGUA